UUUCACGCCAUGUGUAGUAGGCAUCUCCCGCAAUGAGUCGAGGGGAUGAGGUGCACAUGCGCUCAUGACAACGUGGGAUGAACGGUCUGAAUGGUGACCGUUUUGUGACGGGAACGCUCACUCGUCCGUUUAGCAGGCAGCCGCAGAGCUUAGUGCCAUCACCAGACCGAAGUGAGUCCGAGAGUGGCUCCUUGAAUCGCCGGCUGUUAGCAGCUGCUGAAACUGGUGAUGCUGACUAUGCUUGGCGGCACAAGCAGGCCGAGAUCCGUGAGUUGCAAGCGGCCAACCGCUCCUUACUGCGACGGGUCUAUUCGGAUGCGCCUGAGGUUCAAAAGACUCCACCACGGAGAGCUGAGGGAUUGCAGAACUCCAGCAAUUGCGAGGAGGCAGCAGCCACUGGUACCACAGCUGUUCCUGAUAGCCAGGUCCGCACUCCCUUGGAUCUCUCGCACGAAGCCGUCUGCGACGAGCAGGCCAGUUGUGUUACGCCUAGCGCAGAUGGCAGUGCUCUGCAGGGGGCUAUUACGCCGAACGGCAACACGACGAUCCAGGUCAAACCCAGCCCAGUGGGAAGUCGCAUCGUGGAGAGGUCCAGCGUUUUGGAUCAGGCCAACAGCCUGGAGAUCCGCCGCUUGACAAGCUGCGUGGCCAAGUUGGAGGGGCAUUUGAAUGCGCAGGAGGAAGUGCUGGCUGCUGAACGAGCACGGCACAAAGAGGAUAUCCAACAUCUUCAGUCCGAGGCCCUUGAGGAGAAGAAACGCAUGCGGCGAGAGAGUGCCAAGAAAGUUGCUGAACUUCAGGCGCGAGGAGAAGAACUGACUGAGGAGGUCCAGCAAGCAAACAACAAGGCCAAAGAAGCGGAACGAAACAUGCACAGCAGGAUUAGCUCAAUGCGACAAUCCUCGCAGCGAUUGAAGAAUCAGCUUCAGGCCGAGCAGAAGCAUUCCGCAGAAAUUGAGGAAAACUCUGCGCAACGUGAAGCGCUGGAACAAUCUGUGGCAGAGCUCGAAGAAGAACUCCAUGGUCAAGAGGUCGCCUAUGCGGAGCUUCACGAGGAGUUCGCGCAGCAACAGCUCAUCGCCAGCGAGGAGCGGGAGGCCUUGUUGAAAGAGUUGGCAGAUCUCAGCGCCGAUGCCUCCCAGGUGCGGCAGCAGUGUAACGAGCUGAACCAUCACAAGGAGGCCAGGGUUGUGCCCUCCGUGUGCAAUCCAACAGCAAUCCCUUCCAAUUUGAUGCUGGAGAGGAGCAUGAAACUCUACUGGCGCGAUGGCAGAGUCAUGCCUCAAAUCAGGAGGAAUCCCUCCAGACUCAGAGGUCUGGGGCCUCAGCAUUGGGAGGUUUGUUUCCUGCGUCUUUUGAAGGAAGAGCUGAUAGAGGCACAGAAGACAGCAACCACCUCUUCGGAUCGUCAUCAGGCAUUGCUUGAAGAGAUUCGAGAUGAGCGACAGGCAGCGGCCCUACAACUUGAAGAACUGAUGCAGGAGGCCCGUGCUAAGCAGCGGAUUCUCCAAGAUUUGCUUAGCGAAGGUGUGGUCAGCACUGAGGAGGUGAAGAAAAUUGUUGCGGGGGAAGGUGAAUCGUUGCAGAGUUGGGCUGCAGGCUUUCUGAGACUCACUUUGGGUGGCGAGUGCCUACAUCCGAACUCCUUGCUUGGAGACGUGCUGAAUGACGGAGAUUCUGUGUUGGCCAUUGCACGUCCAGCUUCCCUGGUUUCAGGUCGACACCAUCAAGGCUUCGCCUUGUUCUUGAGCAAUGGCGCUUGUGUCUCCUGGGGCGAGUCUUCCAGUGCGAGUGACGCACAGAUCGCUCAUCUCCUCAAAAAUGUUGAUCAGAUUCAGACAACAACUCGCGCAUUUGCGGCAGUUCUUGAAGAUGGAAAGGCGGGACGAGUAGGCAAUAGCAGCAGAGUGCAGGAGCGUCUGCAGCACGUGCAGCAGAUUCAAUCAAAUCAUGAUGCCUUCGCUGCUUUGCUUGCUGAUGGUGGUGUUGUGACAUGGGGCAGCGCCAGACAUGGAGGAUUGCCUAAUGUGGGAGCCUCAGUCGUCAUGCAAGAGUUUCCAGCAGUGUUCAACUUGUCCCAGCGCUGGGCUGGGCAGACACUUUGUGACGGAAUCAGAGCUGAAGAUCGUGCAAACUGGCUGGUAGAGCAUCAGCAGAUGACCAUGGAGGCUGCCCAGCAGAAAGUCAUGCAGGAAUUUCCAAAGCUCUUUAUUUGUGAGGACAGUGAAAUAGGCACCGAUAUAAUUCGUGGAAAGCUGCUGACUUCCAUCAGUCCUUAUCCAGUCUCAGGUAGCACUAAUAGCACCUUGACCGGGACUAUCGAACCGAAUCCACCCAGAUGGCCAGAAACCGUAAAGGUACUUUCUCAGGGCGCUGACUAUGCGGUGGUGGACCAGAUCUAUGAGGAGAUGAAGUCAUUGGACAAAGGUCAGUUUUCCAAGAGUCGCUAUGCCAUCCUUUUCGAACCGUCGGCGACACCUCACGAGGUGGAUGUCCGCGUGGGAUACUACACUUCUGUCUAUGGUUUGGGGCGUCAUCCCAGUGAUACCAAGGUGCGCAGCCUCACAUCAACCAAUGAAUCACCACAUCCAGAGCUGGGCUCGUUGCAAAACUUUUGGCGCUCAGCAGAGAAUUUACACACAGGUGGCCAUCCCACCUAUUCUCUGGACGGUGAAGGAGGAAUGCUUUGGGCCGUGUCACAGGCAGCACCUUUGCGACGAGCGGUGGUGGACCAUAACCUCUUCCUGUGGUAUCUGCGCUUGCCGCCAGCAGGUGUUAGUUCCAAAGACGCCAGGUAUCCAAAGCAGGGCGUAGCUUUGGACUACGAUGGCUGGGUACAAUUGGGCUACACUGACCCAAUUGGUGAUUUCGCAAGUGGUGGCUACAUGGCUAAUGUGCAGGUGAACGGCUGCGUGAACUUGGGCUCGCAGCAACAAUUCUUUGCCAGGAACUGCGUUGCUAAAGCCUGGCAGAAAGGCGCCUGGAACUUCGUCUUUGUCGGCUGCCCUGGCGCACCUCACUCUGAGCCAGGCCACGCUGUCGCGCCAGUGUACAGCAACGUGGCUACCACGAAGGUGGUUGCAGAGAAGCCCUUCAUCGUGAAAAGGCCGGAUGGACGGUACAGCUUGGCCAUUCCCGCUGUAGCAGAUGCCCGCUGCGGAGUGGACUUCUCUUUGACAGAGGAGGAGCUCAGGGACUUCAGCCGAGUCUUUGUGGCGCAGCCAAGGCACACAGCCGCUGAAAUCAACGGAAAGCUUGCAGAGGGCAAGGAUAUUGUGUUUUGCCCUGGCAUCUACCAACUCUCGGAAACUUUGAGGGUGAAACAUUGUGGACAGGUGCUUUUGGGCCUUGGUUUCGCGACUCUGGUGGCACCAGAGACUGACAUGCCGUGUGUUCAGGUGGCUGAUGAGGCCGCAGGCAUUCGAAUCUCUGGGCUGAUGUUUGAGGCUUUCUACCGCCCGCUUGGAAACAAGACCUUGGGCGAUUUGUCCCCAGGGCCAGAGGCAUUGUUGCGCAUGGGCACUGGACAGAUCACACGUGAUGCAUCAGUCGCAUCCUCCUGGAACUUCAUUCACGACUGCUUUGGCCGAGUGGGUGGACAGGAGGCGCCCCUCACUGCCCGGGAUGAGCUUGAUGGGUCUAGGCCCUCGAGCCGUCCUCAAAGUCAGGAGCCGCUCUUCACGUCUGAGGCACGCUGCAGAAGUAUGGUGCAAAUUCACCAGCCUUGCGUUGUUGGCGACAACUUGUGGCUAUGGCGAGCUGAUCACUGGCUAUCAGAUCAAUAUUUGGUAUACAAUCACGAGAAUUUCUGCAGCAGUGGCCUUCACGUAGCCAGACCGGCCCACCAUGUCACAAUGUAUGGCCUUUUCGUUGAGCACACCUUGUCUGACAUGACUCUUUGGCAAGGAGAAGACGGAGUGACCUACUUCUACCAAUCAGAGUUGCCUUACGAUGCAAUGGAUGAGGCUGCAGGGCAGACUUCCAGGGUCGCCCCCUUCAAGGCCUGUGGUUAUCUUGUGGAUCAAGCUGUGCAAAGGCACGAGGCCGUUGGUGUUGGUGUGUAUGCCUACUUUCGUGAUCAUGAUGUGACUGUACCAGCAGCAAUCAAAGUGCCUGAUCACGACGGAGUGAGAAUCCAGAAUGCCUUGACCAAGUACUUGAAUGGAGGCCCCAAGACCUUCGUCAAGGGGAAGUGUCUUCUUCAGUGCGAGAAGAGAUAUGGACGAAUUCAGUGUAUUAUCCAAAAAGGUUCUCGAUGCGUUGGUAGCAACACCGAUGCAGACAAGGACAAGCCCCACUUCGCCAGCGCUUAA